CACUGGCUAAUGGUGGUCUAGGGUAUAAAAAGGUUGACAUCUCUCCUCUUGUCCACCAAUGCUCUUGGCGGGACACCCCGGGACUGACAGCGUUCACCUGAAGUUUCAGCUGUCGACUAUACCUGACAAUGGCAGUCGCUCUACUGAUCCUCAUGGUGGCCAUGGCACCAACAGUGGAUUCAUUCAUCAAGCACUUUCCCGUCGGGGUCAGUCAACUUCAGUCUCAAAUCAACACACUCAAUUCGAAAAUUGCUCUCCUUGACCAGCGAGUGUUCUUCACGGCUACACUUCACUCCCAUCUGCUAACCGUUGGAGCCGGUCCCUUGGUGUUCAACCAUGUCCUGAUGAACACUGGCGGCGGUUACAGCCCUACCACCGGGGUCUUCACUGCACCUUGCCGAGGUCUCUACGUCUUCCUGGUCCAGAUGUUCACCAGAGGAAACGGCCAUGCAAACUGGGAUUUGUAUGUCAACGGACACAUGGUGCUGCGCGGGGAGUCACGUACUCACGAUAACGCCAGCAACGAGUACAUGUACCCGGUGACCCUACAGGCUGGAGACAGAGUCUGGGUCUACAGCCGUAAUUCAGUCUACAUCUAUGGAACUAACCAUAGCUUCUUCGGUGGCUGGCUCAUCAAGGCUCUUUAAACUGAAAACCUGUUAACUACGGCGACAAAGCAGUCUCGAAGUUUCAUUUUUUUGUCAUCUAAUAUUUAACCACUUUUGUGACAUCUAUUCUUCUUACUGUGGGAAACAGUAAGAUGUUCUGAGAUGAUUGUACAUCUCCAACAAAGGUGUCCAUUUUAAUGCUCUGAAAAAAAUAUGCACCAUUCUGUGAAAAGCAAAAUAUGUCAAGCAGCUUAACCUCAAUGUUUCUAACCAACCUUUGUUUUUCUCUAUCAGUAUCAAUGAACCUACAAUGAUCAUACUCUGAACAGUUACUGCAUUUUCACAUUAAGCAAUUGCAGGUGUGUGCAUAUUUCGCAUUAAAAUGUUUUAUUCCACUUCAAUGUUUUAUGUCCCAUCUGCUGCUUCGUUCGAAUGACUUGUAUCGCGAAAUUGUAGAUCAAAUGAUGUGAAACACAAAACAUUGUGGUAAGUGAACAUUAUAUUACUUGUCUAUUAUUAAAUUGCGAACAUUUAGCCAGCAUCAGAUAUGUUACAUUAUUUGUCUAUUAUUACAUUGAGAACAUUAAUCCAGCUUCAGAAAAAGUCAAGGCGGACAUCCCUGUAUGAGAAGCUGGACCCAAGUAGGUAGCCAGAUGAGAAAAUACAAACCUGUCAAAUGUUGACAAACAUCUCAAAGAUCUAAGAAACAUAAACAAAGAAGUGACGAAUCCCCCAGCCAACCUCCUUUCGUCAAUAAACAGUAGA